UGUAAAAUUACUAGAAAACAGGUAAUACUAAGGGUCGUUAGGACUUAGGAGUAAGAAAAAAAGAGAACUCGUUUAUAAAAGAAAGGACUAUGUCUGUAUAAAAGCGAAUGCGUAAUGCUGAUGGCUCAACAGUCUCCAAUAAAAAGGCCCACAGUCCAAAUACAGCUGAGCUUUUUAUUUUAUAGUUCAAAAAAUGCGUUUGGCACUUUCUGCACUGUUGGUUUUUGUGACUUGUGUAGCCGUGGCCUCUUCGAGAAAUCCGGCUGGAGUGUACGGUUACCAUCCAUAUCAGUACGCUCCAUCCUAUGAGCUGAACGCAGAGGCUAUAUACCCCCGACAGCUUAUGUGGUCGAUAAGCGACAUCAUAACUGUGGGUUUCCCAAGACCGACUGUGCGUGUAACAGACACAAUAAUAUCGACUAUGACUUGCACCAAGUCGGUGGCAAGAAAUUGUCGCCUUUAUCAAAGGCCGUUCAAACAAAGAUCACCGCCCGCUAACUCUGCUGCUAAAGAAACAUUUGAAGAAGAAUAUGAUGAAGAUGAACAAUUUCCUAUUUCUCCUUCUGUCGUUCAAGGUGUUGAGGCUACGCAAGUACCAGGCCGAGAAGCCCGUGCAGCUGAGCCACAAUAUUUUGUGAAUUCUCCGGCGUACAAAAAUUAUCCGUACGGCAUCGAAUCCGCUUUCAACAGCGGCCCUUACAACCCUGUGGUGAUGCCUUUUUACGGUUCAUACCCGGUACCAGCUGCUGUUCAACGCCAACUUUUCUCCGGGAUAUUAACUGUAACGACAACGGUGUCGACUGUCUUGAAAAUGGCCACCAUCACUAAAGUGCCACGGUGCUCCAGGGCAGGUCCAAUUGCGCAAUGCCCGAUAAAUCCUUAGCACUCUUAACCAAUUUCAUGUUAACAACAUAACCCAUAUUACGCCACUAUUUACUUCAACUCGUCAUAUUAUUGUAAACGGACUCCAAAUUAUUCUGAAAUGGUUGGAUAGCGGUUGCGAGUGAAUCAUUUUCAAAUAUAUUAAGUCAAUUUUACCCUUUUUUUUGUUUUUCACACAAAGUAGGACGAGUGUUGAAAAAGCGUGAAAUGGAAAAAAAAGUGCAAAUUCAUUCAAACCGAGAAUUUCCAUAAAUAGGGGUUUGAUUUAAUAUUGAAAUGAAGAACGAUUCGAGUUCCCAUGGGAAAAACACGGCUCUAUCAUAUCCUGAUUAUUUCUGCGAAGUCGUAAUAUCAAAAGAAUGCUAACGAUAUACUAUGAUAUAAUAUUAGGCUGGUUUGAGAAAAGAAAUCAACUCGAAAAAGGCAAAAUUUUUAUGCGCAUAAUUUCUUUAACAAAAACAUAAAAAACCGACCAGUUUCCAUGUUGGAGAAAUGCUCGAAGGUAAAAAAGGGUCAAAUCGUUUAACUCCUUCUCGAUGAAACAGAAGACACGCAAGAAAAACCCGGAAGGCUUUUGCACAUUCCGUUAACUUUAUUUCCUAUAUAGUUAUUUUCCCGCUAUCGCCUUGGCGCUGGUGUGAUCUGGUGUGAUCUCAUUUUUUUUUUUUUUUUUUUUUUUUUUAUAAUUUGACCCGUUCAAGAGGAUUCGACAACAAAUGACAGAUGUAUUUUUGGUGUGCGGCAUAUAUUCUUUGAUAAAAAUGUGAGAAGCUACAGUCGAUCAAUCCAUGUUAGACAGUCGAAUUUGAAUAUUUACUACAUGGGUCACCUGCUAAGAAUAAACCUGGCCAAGCAGAACGUGGUAGGAGCACGCCAGUUGUUUUUCUUUCCUCGGCAGACACCUGACACGAUAAAUCUGGCAUUCUUCUCCCUUAUUAGGUCACCGCGCAGGGUCGUUUGUUAUUUGUAUCACGUUCAAUUUUUCAGGUUGGCCAAUAAAAGAACAGUCGACGAUUUCAUUACAAAAAAACUAUUGGUGUGCCCUUCUGGGAAGCUAAUUUACAACGCUUGAAGAAUAAUAGAUUUCAGUGGGUUGUGGGAAAUUGAGUACAUGAAGCUAUGUAAUCGUUCAUCUUAAUUUGCUUUGGUAUUUGUCUCCCGAUUAAGGGCAGAGGAAAGAUGAAGGCGAUGAACUCGCAGACGAAAACAAGUUUGAUCGCCCUCCAGAUCAUAACUCGAAAGAGGAAAUGAGAUACCUUUAGGGUUGACGUAGCUCGAGCCAAAUUAAAAAAGAUAACGGCCAUUCACUUCAUGGAGUUAAGAUUUCAGUAAAAAAUAUAUGCUGAUGAAUCAAAAGCUGAAAACUCGUUUGUGUUGGUAUCAUCGGAUUGCCAGAUGAAGUGCAUAAAACCAACCCCAAACUCAAAGAUGCCCAGUCGUCUCCGAUAAGCGGUAAACAGUUCACAUCUUCCCAAGCGAAAUUUAAACAUCCCAUUUCAAAAAAUGCGUUUGCAACUUCCCUUGCUCCUCGUCUUCUUGGCUUGUGCAGCUUCUCAGGCGUUCAACCCUUACGUCGGAGAGCAAUAUCCGUAUUACUACAACCGCCCGUCGUAUUACAAAUCAGACGAUGCGGAAGAUUUACGGCAAAUGAUGUUUUCGUUGGCCUUGCCUGCGAGACAAACGACGGUGACAGUCACGACCACUGUUCGACCGACGUUCUCAUUCCCAACGCUGUCGAUGCCAUCCCUACCGCCACUGCGGCAAACGAUAACGAGCCGACUGACGUCAUAUUCCACGAUUACCUGCACCAAGUCAACCGAUGUCCCCUGUCCGGCUGUUGUAAAAAAAACCAGCACGGCUGAUCUUAUGGCAGGAACAAGUGGGAGCCAGAAAAAUACAACAGCAGUCGCUGACAUAGAGGUAGAAGAAGAGGAUGACGCUGUACAGCAAUUCGCCGCCGUCACUCCGACCGUCGUCCAAAAAGUUGAGACUACAAAAGUGCCGACCCAAAAAGUUCCCAACAAGAAAGUGCCAAACCGAAAGGGCCGUGAUAUCGAAUCGGAAUUGUUGUCCUUGUUGUCUCCGGAUUUCUACGACGACUAUUUCGAAAAUCAACCGCAUGACAUCCAGUCCGCUUUUCACACCGGCCCGUACAAUCCCGUUCCUCUGCCUUUUUUCAGAACGUAUCAGCCAGCACCUAAUAUUGCCCAGCUGCGCCAAUCGUCGUUUUUGGCUUUGCUAGGAAGUCUAUUCACCAGCCGAAGCACGAUAACAUACUUUGGAAUCAAAACGUCUACCUUGACUCCUACCUGUUCGGUGGCCGGGCCCAUUCCCCAAUGUCCAAAUAUUUAAUUUUUUUUUUAUUGAGACCUGGUUUAACCUGCAAGAAAUUAUUUAUUUGAAAUAGAGUAGCAGACUGGUCCAAGAGAAUGACUUCCAACUGUUCAGCCAGCCAUAAGAUUUUUUGUGAAACUCUCCUCUCCAUUUAAAAUAAACAUUACACAUAUUUAAAA